UUAAUCUCAGCCUGGCAGCCUAGCCCGAGGUUCUUUCCACCACCCACUGAUCCCUGUAAUAAGGGUAACGUGGAGGACGACAAGGAGUUCUCCCCUCGCCAGCGACACCACAAAGAGUUCAAGUUCAACCUGUCCCAGAUUCCUGAGGGUGAGGCGGUGACGGCUGCAGAGUUCCGAAUCUACAAGGACUGUGUUGUCGGGAGUUUUAAAAACCAAACUUUUCUUGUCGGCAUUUACCAAGUCUUACAGGAGCAGCAGCACAGAGACUCUGACCUGUUUCUGUUGGACACCCGCGCCGUGUGGGCCUCGGAAGAAGGCUGGCUGGAAUUUGACAUCACAGCCACCAGCAACCUGUGGGUCCUGACCCCGCAGCACAACAUGGGGCUGCAGCUGAGCGUGGUCACGCGGGACGGGCUCGACAUCAGCCCCCGAGCCGCCGGCCUGGUGGGCAGGGACGGCCCCUACGACAAGCAGCCCUUCAUGGUGGCCUUCUUCAAGGCCGGCGGGGUCCGCGUGCGCAGCACCCGGUCGGCCGCCGGCCGGCGGCGACAGCAGAGCCGCAACCGCUCCGCCCCGGCCCAGGACGUGUCGCGGGCCUCCAGCGCCUCAGAUUACAACAGCAGCGAACUGAAAACAGCCUGCAGGAAGCACGAGCUCUACGUGAGCUUCCAAGACCUGGGGUGGCAGGACUGGAUCAUCGCACCCAAGGGUUACGCUGCCAACUACUGUGAUGGCGAAUGCUCCUUCCCUCUCAACGCGCACAUGAACGCCACCAACCAUGCCAUCGUGCAGACCCUGGUUCACCUUAUGAACCCCGAGUACGUCCCCAAACCGUGCUGUGCGCCAACGAAACUGAACGCCAUCUCCGUGCUCUACUUUGAUGACAACUCCAACGUCAUCCUGAAAAAAUACAGGAACAUGGUCGUCAGAGCUUGUGGCUGCCACUGACUCGGGACGAGCUGCUGGGCACACAGGCACUGCCUUGGACUCCUGCAUCACGUCUGCCUUAAGAGGCACCCGGAAGCACCGAGAAGGCGGGAUAAGACGCCGACACCAUCUCGUGCUGGCCGCUGCCUUUCCGCCCUAACAGACCUCUUAAAGGACCUCGUCCGUAACCUGCUCACGUCGUAAAUGUCGUGAGCAGCUGUCGGUCUCUAGGAAGCCGAGUUUGAGUGUCUGUAGCGUGAAGCCUGGUGACUGAAGAAACCUAACUUUGAAGGUUCCCCCCUGCCCCCCAAACCCACCCAAAUUAUUUUGCUUUAGAUCAAGCUCUUCGUGGUUUUAGUAAGUCAAUAGGGAAGACAAUCUUAAAGUAAAAUUCUUCUUGGCUCAGAUAUCAGCGGGCUCAGUAGUUGCUCACAGAUAGAUUUUUCAGGUAAGGGGAAUGGGGGAAGAACGUCUCUGCUCAGCUCUCAUCCCAGGGAGGUCGGUUUCUCGCGUGGGAUCAACAGCCCGGGAGGGAGCCGGGCAGCCCGCAAGUGCCUUUUGUCUCAGUCGUGCUGUUACGCGUUUGUGCGGGCGUUUUGUCCGUGUGAAAAUAUCCUUAUUUCAGUUCAACCACAUCAUUUCCACACACACACACACACACACACACACACCCCGCCCACCACCAGCAUUUGCUGUUUUCUUUGCUAGGACCAAAAACAGAGACUAGUGUGAUCCCACUUUGAGGCGAGGCUCUGGGGAUGAGAAGUCUUUUUAAAGCCAUCAUUUUAACCGAGCUACACGCCCGCACCUCUUCCCUUGAGGGACGGCUCUUUGAAAAAGCACGUUUACGUCAGGAAUGAAUGUCAGCCCUCGUCUGUGUCGGUAAAACGGCCCCUUGCCUCUUACUGGACAGCGUCCCGCAUCUCGGGGUUAGACCAGCAAAGGCGAUGAGCUGAGGAAGGGCACCCAGCCUUAGGAGGAGAUUAGGAUGGGUAUGCGGUUUAGGAACCGAAAUCACGGUUUUCUCCUGUAGACAGUAAGACUCAGAUUAAAUCUGAGAAUAUUUUUUAAAUGUCUUUUUCACGAUCAUGUACUAGGAAACCAAUUUCAUACUAAACUGAUUAAAUAAUACAUUUAUGAUCUAUAACUGCACUUACAGCUUUUUUGUAAAUAUAAACUAUAAUUUAUUGUC